UUUAAAGGAUCCAGAUAAUGUCACUGGUUAUUCACAUAAUAUUGUAUGUUAACAUUAUAUGUUAUUUUACACAGCAUUUGAAAAACUUUAGGCUAUCUAAUGAUUAUGGCAUCAAGAAACAUCUGGUGUGUGAGAAGGAACUUUCUCUUUGAUUUAAGAGGCUGGAUGCUCCAAUAUUCAGCAGAAGUUUUCCUCAAGUCGAUUUCAUUCAGGCUGUUUAGUGUGGAAUGCGACAGUAAGGACAAGGAGUCUUCGGAGGAGGAGAGGGAGGACCUGCUGAACAACUUAGUCACCAUGGGCGUUGAUAUUGACAUGGCAAGGAGGCGACAGCCUGGAGUUUUUAACAGGGCUGUUACGAAUGAGCAGGAGCUGAAGAUAUUCCUUUUGUCCAAAGGAGCUAGUGACAAAGUGAUUGGUAGCAUCAUAUCAAGAUAUCCACGAGCCAUAACACGCACUCCCGAAAGUCUUUCAAAACGGUGGGAUCUGUGGAGAAAGAUUAUGGCAUCAGACCUUGAAAUUGUAAAUAUUUUGGAGCGUUCUCCUGAAUCCUUUUUUCGAUCUAAUAACAACCUAAACUUAGAGAAUAAUAUAAAGUUCCUCUUC